CGACAAACACCCUUUUUUUCUCAUCACCCAACAGACAGACAAUAGAUUGUUUUUGUUAUCAAGUGUUUGUCAUCAUGUCUGAGCUAAAGGGUCGCACCCUCCUUAUGACGGUCAGCGUCUUGACGUCGCUCAGUUUCUUGCUAAUAGGGUUCGACAAUGGAUUAAUGGGUGGUUUAGGUAUGCAUAAAAUCCCUCAUCUAUGCCCCGAAUGGUUGAAUUAACCAUAAUCUAGUCAAUGCCAGGGCUUUCAAUGACACCUUCGGUAAUCCAAAUGCUACCAUGGUUGGUUUGAUCGUUGCUAUAUACGAGGGUAUGUUUUUCAUUUGAAACAACGGAGACCUUGUCUAACAACAAGCAGUUGGAUGUUUUCUUGGCUCUAUCGUUACGGCAGCCUAUGGUGAACAGCUUGGUCGUCGCAUGAGUAUUGCCAUUGGCUGCGUCGUUAUGAUUAUCGGUGCUGUUCUUCAAGCAGCCUCGUAUGGAAGAGUCCAGAUGAUUAUUGCGAGAGUCGUGAGUGGAAUAGGAAUGGGAGCUAUUAAUUCAACUGCCCCAGUCUUGCAGGCCGAGUUUAGUCCAAAAGCAACUCGUGGUAUCUGUGAGUUAUCAUUUGGUAUAAUAAGUAUGGAAAGUUCCUGACUAUUUUAUAGUCGUGUGCGCCCAGCUAUCAACGCUCAACUUUGGUAUCUUUUUGGUCUACUGGGUUGACUACGCUUUCUCGACGCACAUUGAGAGUUACGCAUGGAGAGUACCCGUUAUUCUACAAUGUAUUUUCAUCAUUCCUAUGAUGGUUAUUUUAUGGAUCAUCCCGGAGUCUCCGAGAUGGCUUGCUGCUCACGACCGGCCGAACGAAUGUUAUGACAUCUUACAAAGACUUCACUGCAACGAAGAUGAAUCUAUCGUACAACAACUACAUGGGGAAAUUCUCCAAACUGUUGCAUAUGAGGCAUCCUUUGGCAAUUCAUCGUGGAAGGAUCUACUGAAGGAGGAUGAAAUCAAGAGUCGAAGGAGACUAUUAAUUGCUUGCGGUAUUCAAAGUUUCCAGCAACUCGGUGGUAUCAACGCAGUUAUCUACUACUCUGGAACACUUUUCAAAAAGAGCAUUGGAUUUGACGACCACAUGGCAGCCCUGAUGUCUGGUUUCCUUCAAACAUGGUUCUUCGUCGCAUCUUUCAUCCCUUGGUUCCUCAUUGAUCGCUUAGGUCGUCGACCUCUGGUAAGACUCCAUCAUGACCCAGAAUGAGCCUUUUACUAACAUACGUCAGCUACUCUCCAUGAUUAGUGUCAUGGCAGUCGCGAUGGGUGUACAAUCUGCUCUAAUCUAUCAAGUCGAGAAAUCAACGUCUGUUGCCAAAUCUGCAGGCAUUGGUGCCGCCGCUAUGCUUUUUGUAUUUCAAGGAGCUUUCACCAUCGGCUUCCAGGCUACCGUAUGGGUCUAUCCGUAAGCACAGCCCUUCGAGAACUCGAUUGACCAAGACUAAUUUGCCUUAGAUCUGAGAUUCUCCCACUUCGAAUUCGCCAGCGCGGCUCAUCUAUUUCCACUGUCAGUAUCGAUGCAAAGCCUAUCAGUAUACAAAUGCUAACUAAUAAAUAGGCUGCAAAUUGGAUAUUCAAUUACAUGAUUGUUCAGAUAACCCCGAUCUCCAUUGACAACAUAGGCUGGAGAACCUAUAUCAUUUUCGCUGUUUUGAACGCAUGCUGGGUCCCUAUUAUAUUCUUGUUCUUCCCCGAAACCAAAGGACUUGAGCUGGAGGCUGUGGAUGCUUUAUUCUCGGAGCGUGCAGCAGCGAAUCUAUUUGAGGCCGAGGUCGAGAAGAGUGACAGUUUGGGUGAGGUUGAAAAGUUUGCUAGUAAGGAUUUUCACGCGGAGCGUGUUUAGAAAUUUGGAUACGCCAGGAUAUAUGGUCGCUAAUUACACGAAGUCGCUUAGAAGGUCGCAUCUGAAACAUGCUUUGGGGGGUGCAAGGAGCCCAAAGAUUUGGGGUUUAUGUCGCGGGCUAGCUGGGGCGUUGAAUCAUUGAAAGAAGAGUUUACUGGUGGAUAAGAUGUUCCCCUCAAGCGGGACAAUGCGAUACCUCACGAAAUUAUACCUAUGUACUAUAGUUACUUACUGCCGGGCAUAUCACGAAAAUAAUAUAGAUUUAAUGGAUUUU